AUGUCGACCUUGUAUCCAUCGCUGGAAGAUAUGAAGGUGCACCGGAUCCUGACGGUGAGGGCUUUUUCUGCUCCCAGCCCCCCAACAGCCCCUUCCCCAUUGUCCAGCUGUCCUCCUUUUCCUUUUCCAGCAGUUUUGUACCCAAAUCUCGCUGAUCUCAAUGAUUACAUGGGCCUCUCUCUUUCCAGCGAGGAGAUCCAGAAGAACCUGGGUCUUGUCCCGACAGGCAAUAUGGCCGUGGCUCCAUCUUCCUCGGCUCAAGGCCUGUUGGUGGCUCCAGUGACAGGAAGCGACGUAGGGAUGCGCCGAGCAGAGAUCAAACCAGGCUUGCGUGAGAUCCAUCUGUGCAAGGAUGAGCGUGGGAAGACAGGACUGAAGCUGAGAAGCAUUGAUAAGGGGCUGUUUGUGCAGCUGGUCAAAGUCAACUCUCCAGCCGCUCUGGCGGGGCUGCGUUUUGGCGAUCAGAUCCUACAGAUCAACGGGAAGGACUGCGCUGGGUGGAACAUGGACAAGGCAAAGCGGGUGCUGAAGAAGGCCUCGCCGGAGAAGAUUGUUAUGGUGGUUCGUGACAGGCCUUUCCAGCGAACGGUGACCAUGCACAAGGACAGCACCGGCCACGUGGGUUUCGUCAUUAAGAAGGGGCGGAUCACCUCACUGGUCAGGGACAGCUCUGCAGCCCAGAAUGGGCUCCUCAUCAACCAUUACAUCUGUGAAGUGAACGGACAGAACAUCAUUGGCCUGAAGGACAAGGAGAUCACGGACAUCCUCGUGAACGCUGGCAAGAUCAUCACCCUCACCAUCGUCCCUGCGGUGAUCUACGAGCAUAUGAUUAAAAAGCUUUCAAGUGGACUAGUGAAAUCUUCCAUGGAUCAUUCGGUCCCUGAUAUUUAAAGGUUUUUCACUCCCUCCACCUUUCUUCUGGCACGAGAUGCACCAUGGACUGCCCUGGAAUUUCCUGGAAUUAUUCCUGGACUUCUUGUCUUCCGAGUCGCUUCAGGAGAGGAGAAAAUGGACAAAUACAUUCCUUCAAUCUUUUGUGGGGGUCUUCAAGGACGCUAGAUUUCCAGAUACGCAGGGGGAGGCAAGGCUGACAUACAUUUGAGCUUUAUAGGCCUAUGUAAUUAUCUUUUCGUUAACUUGUGGCCCCCAGACAAAGUUUUUAAAUCUUGCAAGUGUGGCUAUUGCUCCUGGAGAAGGAACGGAAGCUGCCAAUUCUCAUCUUUACAGCCCAGAUGUGAUUUCGAGAAAGUUCAAUUGCUUCUGGUGGCUACUGCUGGAACAGCCCAGGAUGGCCUUAGCCAUGCGUGUAUUUUUUUAAUAAACCCACAGACACUCAGCCA